AAUUGGUGGAAUUUCUGUUCUUCUUACAGGAAAUCUUUUUCAACUACCAUCUGUUCAAGGUGAUUUAAUCUUUUAUUCACCAGUAUGGAUUAACUUUUUUCCAUUGUUUUUAACUACUGCUCAUUGUCAACAAGAAGAUCAACCAUUUUAUCAAAUGCUUGAAGAAAUCAGAAUGGGAAAUGUUACUGAAAAUACCAUUGCUAAAAUACAACAAAAAGUUCAAGAAUAUAAUUUUACAGAUAAUGUAUUAAAUACAACUCAUAUUGUGGGAUAUAGAAAUAAAGCAUCUACUAUUAAUGAUAUUAUUGGAAGUUAUCUUCCUUCAGUUGAUGAACAUACAGAACCCUAUGAAUUAGUAGCUAUUGAUUAUAUGAAUAAUAUCCAAAUAUCACCUGCUGAUGCAGAUAAAUUAUUUUGUCAUUAUACAAAUUUUCCAACAAAAGCUACUGAAGUUAUUGGAACAGCAAGAAUAUCCCUUGCCAUUGAAGACACAAAAGGAUACCUCAGUGUAUUUUCCUUCCACCAAGCUAGGAUAUCAAAUGGCUCUGAUCAAAAACGGGAAGAAGUGGAUAAGAAAGAUAUUGCUCAAACUUAUCCAUUUUAUUUACGACAUUAA